CUCUCUAAAAUCCAUCAUUUGUACAAAAACAUUUUUUUUCCUCUCUCAAUAUAUGUGAGGCUUUAGGCCCUCGCCCUUUUCUCUCUCUCUUUUGCCCUCUUUGCCCUAUUUUGCGUGUAUUUCCCGAACCCCAUAAAAACCAAGCAAAGAGAAGAAAAAACCCAUUUUUUCUCAAACCCUUUUUACUACAAACCAAAAACGAGUUGCAAAAUCGAUUACCAACCACAGUGAGAUGGUUGUUGUGUAUUAUUAUAUUUGUUGUUAUUGCCGAUUAUCUUGAGAUCUUGUCCUUCCUACAAUGUUCUUCAUUUUGUAGAGCGGACAAGGGUUUGUCAAUCGGAUUGCUUACUCCCAAGUGUUGGUUUGAUUGCCUGGGUUUUGAAGAGUUUUCUGUGACCAUUCAUAGGCAGAUCGCCCGUUAAUGGGAGGAUAUUGACAGGGGAUUUAACCCUGGAUAAUAGAAUGAUUUAGGCAAUGGAAGAGGACUGUAGAUACUUCUAGAAUUGUUGGAAGUUUACCUUGACAAAGUUUGGACUUACUGUGUUGGAAUCUUGUUUGUAAAAUUUGAAGUGGAGAGCAAGUUUGAUUUACUAGGUUUUUGGAUUGAUUGAUUGACAGUGGAUUAAAUGAAAGCGAACUGAAGCUGGAAAGGAAUGUGGGGAUAUGGUGCAUGGACGGGAGUAUAAUUGCUGGUUCAUUCCGUUACUGGAACACUGCUGUGCGAAAUUAAUUGGAGUUCAUUGUUUUCUUGACGGAGCAUUUUUAUCUCGGAGUACAAUUUUGUGCAAUGUCGCGCUGUUUUCCUUUUCCACCACCAGGAUAUGAAAAGAAGCUUAGACCAGAGGAAGGAGACUUAUUAAAAGAGGAGAAAAGAAAGGAGAAAAAACAUAAAAAGGAAAAGAAGGACAAGGAGAAGAGAGAAGGUAAAGAAAAAAGGGAUAGAGACAGAAGUGAUGGGAAACACAGAGAGAAGAAAGAGAAAAAGGAUAAGCACAGGGACAAGAAGGAAAAACACAAGGACAAAAAGAAGGACAAGGACAAGGAUAAGGAUAAAGAGAAAAGCAGCAUCUCUGAGGAGGGAAGAGUUGCCGUUCCACCUGGGGCUUCUAGUGGGGGGAAACUUCAUGAGAGAGAUGAACAUAAAGAUAGACAGAUCAGCUCAGAGAAAGGGAGAGAUGAACAUAAAGAAAGACACAUUAGCUCAGAGAAAGCCAAACUCCCAAAUCAGUUUCAUGUCCAGCACGGAGAGAAGCCCUUUAAGACCAGCAUCUCUGUUGAGGCAGAGGACCCAAAAUUUGCGCAGGAGUUGGAUAGGAGGAUCAGAGAUGAAGAGAAAGGUGCACAAAGUCAGUUGGCAGAGAGAUCUCCAGUUGAGUGGAAAAGAGAUGAAAAGUCAGACAGAGUGGGCAUCAAAGUUUUUGGAAAUUUGGUUGACAGGGAAAAGAAUAAGGAGGAGAGAGGAUCUAAUAACAAUAAGAUGGACGCGGAAACAUUCAGGGGUGAACAUAGAAUUGGAGCUAAUGCAACACCUCCCAGUUUUUCUACAAUGGCAAAGAACAAUUUUGAAGGAUUUCCCCGACCAGUGGAACAAAAUGUUGGGAACAGAGAGGAAACACCGAAACCUAAGGAAAGACGUGAUGACAAGCCAAGAGAAAAAAACAAGGAUAAAGAAAGGGAAAAGCACAGUCAUGGAAAGCAGAAAGACAAGGAAAAAGAGAAGAAAAAGGAAGAGAAGUCGAAGGAUAAAAAUGAACACAAGAGAAGCCGGAAGGAUAAAUCAAAAGACAACAAUAAGAAUGAUUUUGUUGUUCUUAGUAACAAUAAGCCUCCACUGGUGUCCAAAGAAAACAUUGCUGGUACGGCCACCGAGGGAAUUGUCAAAAAGAGAAAGAAUGUUGAAACUAAUGGUUUCCUGCAUGAGAGUGAAGUCAGGCCUGCUAAAUUGCUGCGGCCCUCAUCCUCUCAGCAGCCAACACAGAAUGGAAAGAAAUUGGACACUCACCCAAAAGCAGACAUAUUUUCUUCUAUUAUACAGGGAGUUGCUUCUGAUACAAUAGUGGAAAACAAGGAGCACAAGAUAAAUGGUAGUAUAGAAGGUCAGCCCAUGUUCAGUAUUAAGGCAACGGCUUCAUCCAUGAUUCCUGGUGCUGAUCAGAUUGCUGAAAUAUGUAAAAAACCAUUAUUCAGUGUUAAGGCAAAGGAUUCUUUCGUGAUUCCUGGUGCUGAUCUGAUUGCUGAAGCAUCAAAAAAACCAUUGUUCAGCGUUAAGGCAAAGGAUUCUUCCGUGAUUCCUGGUGCUGUGCCGAUUGCUGAAGCAUCUAAAAUGCCAUUAUACAGUGUUAAGGCAAAGGAGUCUUCCGUGAUUCCUGGUGCUGAUCUGACCGCUGAAGCAUCUAAAAAACCAUUGUUCAGUGUUAAGGCAAAGGAUUCUUCCGUGAUUCCUGGUGCUGAUCAGAUUGCUGAAGCAUCUAAAAAACCAUUGUCCAGUGUUAAGGCAAAGGCUUCUUCUUUGAUUCCUGGUGCUGACCAGAUUGCAGAAGCAUCUAAAAGACCUCCUCAUCCCGAUUCCAAGUAUUUAAGCCAGAUACUCUCAGUUCCUGUGAUGGAUGAUUGGUCUGGAUAUGAUGACCAGGAAUGGUUGUCCGGAAGCAAAAGAACUCUGCCCAGGAGUACCGAAAUAAGUCUAGAUGAAGUCAAUAAGGAACAUUGUGUAUGGUCUGAAGCUUUGCAAAUAGACUCCGCUGAUGUUUGUGCUCUGCCAUAUGUUAUACCUUAUUGAAUGCUGUUAACAUGAUGAUUCCCAAGGACAAAACUCUUUCAGCGCGUUGCAGCACGAAGCAAGGUUAUGAUGGUGGCAGCUUGUUCUGAAAUUGACUCAACUUCUUGAGGAAGACCCAUCCAAUAACAAUAGGUUGAUUGUUCUGCUCCUGUAUCUUCCCAACCGAAAAGAAGUCUCCGAGAGUUAUCAAUCACCGCCGGAUGUACCUUGGAGUAGCUAGCUUAGACGGAGGGGCGAGGAGUGACUUAUUGUCAUAUAUUUUGCUGCAUACCCAGGUGGAUCGGAUCGAGACGGGACUCAGUGUGUCUAGGAAGAUGCAUAAGCUUGUGAAAGUUUAUUGCUUGGGAUGCUCUUUCACAUUGAGUGCAAAAGAACUAGCUUUUUGUGGUCUUUAUAACUCCACAAUUUUGAUUUGUAACAUAUAGUAUUACUAUAGUUGUAAGAUAGAAGGGGAUGAAAAGGACAAACAAAAAGUUAUUAAAAAAACUAGUAGUUGCAUUCAUUUGAUUUACUGAGAUAUAACAUGAUGUUUCAAGUUAAUUGCGACGAAAAUUAUGUACAUUGGAAUUAGGCCCUUUA